AUGGAACCGCAGCGUCCCUCUUGGCCUACCCCUCCCGAGUCUGUUGCCUCAUCUGCGCGCUCUCGCCGUCGCGACGCCAACUCCUCGUCCGACAGCGAGCGCGGGCCGUUUGGCAUCAGCUGCCGCAAGUUUCGCGUUGCCGCGCCGCCAGCGCGACCACUGCCUCUCGAGGCCAAAGUCGAUGAGAUUUCGAGACCUGUCAACCACGAGUUCGGUCUCACCAUCCAAGACGAAGCAUACAAACUGCUCGAGAGCUAUGGCGUUGAUCUUGGCGACAGCUGGACGGACGUAUCGGUAGUCGACCGCUAUGUCGAAGGCUACCCCGACACCAAGCAGCCAACCGUGCUCGUUACUGCCUUGUGGACGCCCACCUCACUCGAGUCGUGGCCCAAGAUCGUGACGCAGCUCAAGCAGUUUGUGGACAGGCUGACCAACAACCCAACCUGGCGCCAUGUCGACAUUGCGGUUGAAAUGCUAGCCGCUGAGCUUUGCGCCGUCAAGUAUCUGGCACCCGUUGUAGGCAACGAGAGGCUCAGCCAGGACUGGCCACAAAUCUCCGACAGGGUUACGUCUUUGCUCGAGUCCAUUCCCGAAGCCCAGAAUCGAGCAACCAGCAUCUCGCUUUUCCAUUUCGGUUACGCUUUGCCUGCCGACACAAACCCCAUUACCGUUUACAUAUCGGUCAGCUACGAUUGCCUCGAAGACAGCUGGCCGAUGAUACUUGGCAGAAUUCAGGACGAGCUGGACAAAUGGCCUCACAAGCUUGUUGCCUUCAUCGAGCAUGGCGACGGGCCUGAGCCUUUUGCCUUCCAGCUUUUGCCGCCCAAGAAGAAUUCGCCAUGGCGAAAAGGUGCUGGCAACCACUUCAGAGUUGAGCAAUCAUACCCGAAAACGGCCCAAGUUGGCGCCGACCUGUCGGUCAGCACCUACCUCCAGAGGGACGACGGGGAAACAUGCCAUCCGCCCACCGGAACUCUGGGCUGCUAUCUUGAGGUCGAUUGGGUCGAUGAGAGCGAACCAGGGUGGAAGAAGCUUGCCUUGACCAACUACCACGUUACGCGUCCAGCGUUUGACGGAUACCAGGUCAAGGUAGCCGAAUCCCGGGGGGAGCCUGGCGACACGAGAGGCAAGGUUGAUUCACCGGCACCUGGCUCCACGCUCUGGAAGCGGGAUGAAAAGGGGUUUGGGCCCGCCCAAAGCGGCCUAUCAAUCGAGCACCCGACACGAUCUUGGCACAACUUCACUGUCAGCACCAACGAUGCUGUCAUCAAGAAUCUCGCCAACUCCAUGCAGGCCACUCCAGGGGACCAAGACAUCACCGGGCUGCACCAUGAGCGGACCCAGCUUCGUCGCCAGCAUUUGGCUUUUUUCGACGGCGGCCACCACCAUCUUGGCGAGCCGUGGGCGGGGUCUGGUCUGGCGGCUCGGACCACCGGUGUCACCAGGCCAAGAAGACUGGACUGGGCCUUGGUUGAGGUGGAGGCAAGCCGUCAAGCGAGCAAUCAGCUACCCGCCCGGGACUUCUGGAUGCAAGCAUGGUCCGGCGUAGACGCCAGCACGAACCCUUUCACGCUGCAUGGCAAGCCGCUGCGUCAGGCGACAGCAGCAGAAGCGCUGAACACCUGGAAGAGCGGCCAAACCGCGUACAAGAUUGGAGCCGUCUCGGGAGUGACGGUUGGCGUCUACAACGAGUACCGCAGCGUCAUAUUCAUGGACCAUGAUCGCCACCUCUCUCCAAGCCCGUCGUACGAACACAGCUUUCUUGGCACCGAUGGUAUGGGGCCGUUUGCAACUCCUGGCGACUCCGGCGCGGUCGUUUUCAACGAGCAUGGCCAAGUCGUGGGCGUUGUUUUUAGUGGAGGCAACCCUCAACAGACUGCGAAAGGCUCGUACGCGCUGGUAACGCCAAUCGAAGACGUCUUUCGCCACAUCAAGGACCUGUCUCAAAACAGGAUCAGGGAUGUCCGGAUUGCCUUGUAG